UCCCUGGGGGACGCAGCGCGGGCUCCUCCAGACCUGGGGACUCAGAGGGCACAGCCGGAGCUGGGGGGUGCCUUGGAGGGGCUGGACGCCCGCAGGGAUGGGGGGCGACCGGCAGCAUUACUACGGGAAGCACGGAACUCCACAAAAGUAUGACCCUACCUUCAAAGGACCCAUUUACAACAGGGGAUGCACGGAUGUCAUCUGCUGCGUGAUUCUCCUCCUGGCCAUCGUGGGCUAUGUGGCUGUGGGUAUUGUAGCCUGGACUCAUGGGGACCCCCGGAAGGUGAUCUACCCCACUGAUAGCCGGGGCGAGUUCUGUGGACAGAAAGGCACAAAAAAUGCGAAUAAGCCCUUCCUGUUUUAUUUCAACAUUGUGAAGUGUGCCAGCCCCCUGGUCCUGUUGGAAUUCCAAUGUCCCACUCCCCAGAUCUGCGUGGAACAAUGCCCUGACCGCUACCUCACAUUCCUCAAGGCACACAACUCCAAAGACUUUGAGUACUACAAGCAAUUUUGUGUUCCUGGUUUCGAGAACAAUAAGGGAGUGACUGAAGUGCUUCGAGAUGGCAACUGCCCUGCUGUCCUCACCCCUAGCAAACCCUUGGCCCAGCGGUGCUUCCCGGCUAUCCAUGCCCACAAGGGGGUCCUUAUGGUGGGCAAUGAGACGACCUACGAGGAUGGGCUCGGUUUUCGGAAGAAUAUCACAGAACUGGUGGAGGGCGCCAAGAAGGCCAAUGGCGUCCUGGAGGCCCGGCAGCUGGCCAUGCGGAUAUUUGAGGAUUACACGGUGUCCUGGUACUGGAUUGUCAUAGGCCUGGUCAUCGCCAUGGUGUUGAGUCUCCUCUUUAUUAUCCUGUUGCGCUUUCUGGCUGGCAUUAUGGUCUGGGUGAUGGUCGUCAUGGUGAUUCUGGUCCUGGGCUAUGGAAUCUUUCACUGCUAUAUGGAAUAUUCCCGACUGUGUGGUGAGGCUGGUUCUGACAUGUCUCUAGUGGAUCUUGGCUUCCAGACAGACCUCCGGGUGUACUUGCAUUUACGACAGACCUGGAUGGCUUUUAUGAUUAUUCUGAGUAUCCUGGAAGUUAUUAUCAUUUUGCUACUCAUCUUUCUCCGCAAGAGAAUUCUCAUCGCGAUUGCCCUCAUCAAAGAAGCCAGCAGGGCUGUAGGGUACGUCAUGUGCUCCAUGCUCUACCCGCUGGUCACCUUCUUCUUGCUGUGUCUUUGUAUUGCCUACUGGGCCAGCACUGCUGUUUUUCUGUCCACUUCUAAUGAAGCUGUCUAUAAGAUUUUCGAUGACGCCUCCUGCCCACUGGUUGGGAAAACCUGUGAUCCUCAGAGCUUUCCCUUGAAUGAGUCGCGUCUCUGUCCCAAUGGCCGCUGCCAGUUCGCCUUCUAUGGCGGUGAGUCAGGCUAUCACCGUGCACUGCUGGGGCUGCAGAUCUUCAAUGCCUUCAUGUUCUUCUGGCUGGCCAACUUCGUGCUGGCGCUGGGUCAGGUCACCCUGGCAGGGGCCUUUGCCUCCUACUACUGGGCCCUGCGGAAGCCGGAUGACAUGCCCGCCUUCCCGCUCUUUUCUGCCUUUGGCCGAGCGCUCAGGUACCACACAGGAUCGCUGGCGUUUGGCGCCCUCAUUCUGGCCAUCGUGCAGAUCAUCCGUGUGAUGCUUGAGUAUUUGGAUCAGCGCCUAAAAGCCGCAGAGAACAAGUUUGCCAAAUUUCUCAUGACCUGCCUCAAGUGUUGCUUCUGGUGCUUGGAGAAGUUCAUCAAAUUCCUCAAUAGGAAUGCCUAUAUCAUGAUUGCCAUCUACGGCACCAACUUCUGCACAUCCGCCAAGAACGCCUUCUUCUUGCUCAUGAGAAACAUCAUCAGAGUGGCGGUCCUUGACAAAGUUACUGACUUCCUGUUCCUGUUGGGCAAACUUCUGAUUGUGGGUAGUGUGGGGAUCCUGGCUUUCUUCUUCUUCACCCACCGAAUCAGGAUCGUGCAGGAUACAGCACCACCCCUCAAUUAUUACUGGGUCCCUAUAUUGACGGUGAUUGUUGGCUCCUACUUGAUUGCUCAUGGAUUCUUCAGCGUCUAUGGCAUGUGUGUGGACACACUGUUCCUCUGUUUCUUGGAGGACCUGGAGAGGAAUGACGGCUCAACAGAGAGGCCUUACUACAUGUCUUCCACUCUCAAGAAACUCUUGAACAAGACCAACAAGAAGUUGGCUGAGUCCUAAAGGCCAGGGCCACUGUCACCUCUCUUCUUGGGAGCCCCCCCCCUGCCCCCAGGGUGUUCAGAGGGCAGUGGAGUCAGGAGCCCCUCCCUGGCACCCUCAGCCUACGGACUUCACCUGAUGUCCUGGCACUGCCUUUCUGUCUGGUGUGGUGCCUGGAGACCUGAUGGAUUUGGAGCUAUUCCUCCCCAUGCACACAGGCACUUGGGACUUUUUGUAGUCACCCCAGCACCUUCUGGUCGGGAUGGGGAUGAAUCCCCUGGAGUGCCUGGGAUGGGAGACACUCCAACUCUGCUGAUUCCUUCCUGUCUUCUUCUAUACAAUGGAUGGGAAAGACUGAGGAGGAGGAGGAGGAGGAGGAGCCACUGGGGCCAAGCUCCACACACUGGGGGGACUCCAAGCUCCUUCCACUUUGUGGCUCCAAGUUCCUCCCCCUCCCCCCCACGGGCCCAACCAAGCCCCAUCUCUACUGGCCGAACAACUGGCCCAAGGGCCUUCCGAUGCAUUUCUGGAGUAUUUUCUAACCUGGACUUGCAUUAAAGGGUCUUUUAGCUUUUCUUCCAUCGGCCUCCACAGCUGAAUGGAUAGGAGAUGCCCCUUAGUGCCUUCAUUGUUCCCUGCCCAGCCAGAGGGUGGCCCGGCUGGAAUGUGUGUGUGUGUGUGUGUGUGUGUGUGUGUGUGUGUAAUCUGGCUCAAGAGGCGCCCUGAAGGGGGGCCUUGGAUGGAAGGAGAGGAGUGGGGGAGCAGCCUUGAAUAACCAGACCUAGCAAUGGAAAUUACAGGCAGGCUGGCUUGGCUGGCGGCUCAAUUUUCCCUCCUCGCUGCACUCUUGGUUAAGAAAGAAAUGGUCUGGCUGUGUGUGCCAAUCCUAAAUAGUCCAAAGGCUGAGUAUUUAGGAUUAAAAAAAGCUGGAAAUGGAACCGUGGCUCAAGUGGUAGAGGACCAACCAUGAGCAAAGAUGCUAAGGUACACUGCCCAGGCUCUGAAUUCAAGCCCCAGGACCAGCAUACAUGCACACAUGCACAUACACACACGCACACGCACGCGCCAGCCCAAGGAAGAAACCUCUGCCUGUUCAUCUCAAAACCCUGGGGAUCCUUUUGCCAAACUUGUCAUAUGCUAGGGUCCCAGGGGGAGACUCACCCUGCCCGCCAGCCUCGCCUCCCAGCCCUCCCAUGUCUAACUGCAAAUAAGCCUAAUAAAGUGCCUCUUGUAUA